CAGAUCCAAGAUGGCGGCCUGCAGGAGGCUGAUGAAGGAGCUUGAAGAGAUCCGCAAAUGUGGAAUGAAAAACUUCCGUAACAUCCAGGUUGAUGAAGCUAAUUUAUUGACUUGGCAAGGGCUUAUUGUUUCUGACAACCCUCCAUAUGACAAGGGGGCCUUCAGAAUUGAAAUCAACUUUCCAGCAGAGUAUCCAUUCAAACCACCCAAGAUCACAUUUAAAACCAAGAUCUACCACCCUAACAUUGAUGAGAAGGGACAGGUCUAUCUGCCGGUAAUUACUGCUGAAAACUGGAAGCCAGCCAAAACCGACCAAGUAAUCCAGUCCCUCAUAGCACUGGUGAACGAACCCCAGCCUGAGCACCCACUCCGGGCUGACCUAGCUGAAGAAUACUCUAAGGACCGUAAAAAAUUCUGUAAGAAUGCUGAAGAGUUUACAAAGAAAUACGGGGAAAAGCGACCCGUGGACUAAAAUCUGCCAUGAGUGAUUUCAGCAAGUUUGAGCAGAGCCCCCGAGCAGUGCAUUCAGAUACCCCGCAAAGCAGGACUCUGUGGAAAAUUGACACGUGCCACCACCUGGCAUCCGCUUGUGGCAGUUACUAACUUUCUACAGUUUUCUUAAUCAAAAGUGGUCUAGGUAACCUGUAAAGAAGGAUUAAAAAAUUCAGA